AUGGCUCGAGCCGAGUCUUGCCACUGUGCAAGGCCCGAGAACUCGACACCUCUUGUGGCUCCCCUCCCCUUGUCUUUUUUUUUUCAUUCUCAGUACAUGUUGCAUCACGGUGCUGGAUAUACCCGGCUUCAUCAAUCGGACGGCGUUUUUUGGCGGGAAACAAAGCUAUCCAAAGUGGAUAUGAUCAAUUGCUUUUAUUUCCUAUUCGAGAUCUCCACUGCUGUAAUGCCAAGAUGGUGCGAUGUGUUCAUCUUCAAUGAUUAUAGGGAGUGUGCAUGA